AUUUGAAUUAGCCCGCUUCAUCACGAAAGGGGUCGCGUGACCGUAUACGAUAAAAUAAAUAGUAGCCAGAGCCAUGAAAAUUUAAUACAGACCCGAGGUUCCUUUUCGCCUGCCAGACGGGAGUUUUGCCAUUCUCCGGUAGGCUAUAUAAUAAAAAUGCAAUGGCAACUUCAACAAAUGGUUUUUUUACAGCAAAAUCGUUACUGACAGGCCAAAAAUAUACACACGAGACAAAGGUUCACAAUCCUUGGAUCGAUGCCUUCUCAGAUCCAAAAGCUGAUCUGCAAACUUUCAGCACCUGUAUGGCCCUUUCUGAUCUCAAUGCGGAUAAUGACUAUAAAUUGAUCUUGGGUGAUUUCGGAAAUGGGAUUCAAGUAAAACUGAAAGUUUACAAAGGUACAUCUCUAAAUGUGGAACUUCCUCUUUUAACUCAGCCAGUAGCCAUUGUCUGCCUUUAUACUGAUCGUACUGACCCUCGAAUACCAGGGAUAGCUGUUGCUACAGGAUCGAAUGUCCUAGUCUAUCGAAAUUGCCGACCAUAUUUCAAAUUUACCCUUCCACCACAAGAAGGUAGCAGCUUGGAAGCAGACGUAUGGAGUGAAAUAUCAAAUGCCGAUCAGCUAAUACAAGUUUUAAAAGAUCUGAGUCUGGAAUUGGGGUUUACCAAUUUAAGCUCACCGAGCCAGAAUGUACUCUUAAUGGAUCCUUCAUUGAGAGAUGAGUUCAUAUCAAGUAACACACAUUUUAUGAUUAAAAAACAAAUGGUGAUAACAUGUGUUACAACUUUACGCAAAUACGCUGAUAAUGACAGAGACGUUUCUUGCGUCUUACUCGCAACUGAAAGUGCACAAUUGUUUGUAAUGGAUCCUGAAACAUUUACACUGGUCAAUGAAUUCAAGUUGCCAGAUGUGUGCUGCAAUAUAGCAGCUUAUGGAGUUUACUUGGUUGAGUACUGCGUACUAAUGUCUUUCAGAAAUGGCUCUCUAUUUGCUUUACGAGGAAACAGUUUACGCUAUAUUACCCAAUUAUUUUCUUUGCCUGUUUCUAUCAAUUUGUUUACUAACAAAAUAGUUACUGCUAAUAUGGACAGCUCUCUUAGUUGCUAUAAUAUGAAGGGAAGAAAAUAUUGGGCUGUCAAGCUACCAGACAACCCUCUUUACAUGACUGAUAUACUGCUUUCAAGUUUUGCACUACACUUGAUAGCUGUUGCUUUAUCAAAAGGAAACAUAUAUUUUUACAAUGAUUCUACAUUAGUACAUGUGUUGACUACUCUGGAACCAAUCUAUUCUAUGAUCUUUGGAAAGUAUGGGCAAGAGGAGCAUGCUCUAAUUUCAAUAUCUUCCAGUGGAGCUUUAGACAUACGGCUUUUGAAAAGAACUGCUCAGUUCAGCAAUGAUUAUGCCAGCUAUAUUCAGCAUAAUGCUGGAAUAAGGCCACAUGACAUAAAGUUCCUUGUACCCAAAAAAAGCAAAUUAUUUCUGGAACAGUCUCUUAGGGAAAGACAAAAAUGCCGAGAAAUGCAUACUUGGUUUCAUCAUUCAUGGACAAGUCUCAAAGUGCUUACAAGUGAAUCUUAUAUAAGUGCACUGCACAAUGCAUCAGUGACUCAUAACGAAUCACUUAAAAUGAUUGUAGAGGUCGUGGGUUUGGGACCAAGAAUGAAAAUCAGAAUGAUAUUGCAGAAUAUGUCUCCGAACAUUGUACCAGUAGAUCUCAAAGUUACUUUUAUAUAUGAACCAAAGCUGUAUGUUCUACACAAUCCUAUAUUAUAUGUACCGAUGUUGGUGAGAGGGACCAAAUAUUUCUUAGAAACUUUUGUCACAUGCCAAAUGCCUGUUGUGGGUCUUAUAAGGGUUCUUGUUGUCUCUUCAGCUGUACUUUUAUCAACCACUGUUAAUAUGCCAGAUUGUUGAGCCUGAUAAAAAUUGACAACCUCGGUGUUCACAAUCUCUAAAACAGUGUGUUCUGGAUGGAUGCAGACAAAAUCUCCCCAGGCUAAACAAAAGCCUUUUGAUCUCGAAUAAUUUUCAGGCAAUAUUAUGAAAAAUUAGAUCAAAAGAAAGAGGAUAAGUUAAAAGAAGCAAUUAUGAAAAGGAAUGCCAAGGUAGGUUUUAAAAAGAUGUUGCUAAAUUGGAAAAUAACUGAAUGGCAUAAGGAGGAUGUGUUUAUGGAAAGUUUACUUAAUUUUGAGAAUUUAUUUUGUUUCAUAAUUAUUCAAGACUAAUAUGACAACUACUAACAGGACAAGUUAGUAACACAUCAUAGUUACAAAUAGCUUACAAAAUUCAUUGACACAGACUUGGAAUUAACGGAGAAGACGUUUUACAAACUACUAAUAUAAUGAGAAAUGUGUAUAUAAUAAAUUAUGAUAAAACAAACAAAAAAUUAUUUUCAUUUAACCUGAGGAGGAAAGGGAUUUAUUUUUGAUUUGAACAUUGAUGUAUGAGAUAAAGUAAAUAAGCAGAGGAGAUAAUAGAAUACUUGAAUUUUUGGCAAUGCAAGUAAUCAUGCUGGCAUAGGGACACUUACUGGGUCCAUCUUCUCUCACAGCCCUUUUGGACUAAUCAAAUACAUAUUUUGUAGGUGGCACAAAUAAUUGGAACUACCUACUGAGAUUCGUGUGUCACCUGAUUUUCAGAGGUUAACCUUACAGUGUUCAUGGGAUAUUUUAAGUACUAAGGUAACUGUUAUGGAGAGGUCAAUGGUGUUGCCAUGGGUGUAACACAGUUCCCUUCCUAAGCAUUAUUGAUUGAAUUGCUGAUUAUGAAUGGAUUGUUGGA